ACGUUUAUUUUACCCCUAAUUCCCAAGCAACUUAGCCUGCCUGCUGGGGGCUCCUAAUGCCAUGUUCUCAGCUUGACCGGGUGAGCAGGGGACCCGCUGUGUGGGCAGAGCCAGAUCUCACCUGCGUGGAAUCCAGAGGCAAUCAGCAGGAGAGGGAAGAGCAGAGAGCAGAGCAGCCUGUUUUCAAGCAGAGAACAUCCGUCCGCAAGAGCAGCGAGAGCCCAACUCCCUCUUGUGUCUGGCAGCAAGUCCCAGCCUGGCCAAUACAAAAGGGGUUGACUGGGAUUCUGUAGCAGGCAACAUCAUCAACAGAUGAAGAGCUUCUGAGAGAGGAGAGGGAGAAGGGCUCUGCAGCAAAGCCCUCCCAGCGUGCUCAAACACCAGAGGUGAGUGCCAGCUCUUCGUGAACGGCGGGCUGCGAAGGAAGAAAAGUGGGGUGGGAGGCAAGAUUAAAAACUAAAUGCCGCGCUGUCAGCAGGAGACUGGGAAAAGAGUGAGAGCUUCAAGUGUUUUUCCUUGUGCUGGGUCAUCUGGCCGGGAGUGACAGCCAGGAGGAUUGCAGCUGGUGCUCCUGAGAUGUCAGCAGAGCAGGAGAAACGGCAUUUGGGAUGCUGAUGAGGACUUGACCAGCUGUGAAAUCCCUCAAAGGACUGGAACAACAGGAAACCCAUGGAUGGUUUUUAUUCCUCCACGGAAAGGCAGGCUGUGAUCAACGACACCAGGAGCAGGAAGAGCUGGGCGGAGGAAAGCAACUCCACGUUGUCCUUCCGUGGGAUGACAGCUGCCUUACUUUUCCUUCUCAUCCUCUCCACGCUCCUGGGCAACACCCUGGUGUGCGUGGCCGUCAUCAGGUUCAGACACUUGCGCUCUAAGGUCACCAACUUCUUUGUUAUCUCCUUGGCGGUGUCUGACCUCUUCGUGGCUGUCCUGGUGAUGCCUUGGAAGGCCGCCACCGAGGUGGCGGGGUUCUGGCCCUUUGGGGCUUUCUGUGAUGUUUGGGUGGCUUUCGAUAUCAUGUGCUCCACAGCCUCCAUCCUCCAUUUGUGCAUCAUCAGCGUGGACCGCUACUGGGCCAUCUCCAGCCCCUUCCGUUACGAGAGGAGAAUGACGCAGCGCGUGGCUUUCAUCAUGAUCGCGGUGGCUUGGCUGCUCUCCCUCUUGAUUUCCUUCAUCCCUGUGCAGCUGAAGUGGCACAAGGGCCGUGAGCUCCUCAGGCAGCAGGAGCCGGGUGUGAACAUCACAGGGGAGGAGGAGAACUGUGAUUCCAGCCUCAGCAGGACUUACGCCAUCUCGUCGUCUCUCGUUAGCUUCUACAUCCCCGUUGCCAUCAUGAUUGUGACGUACACCCGCAUCUUCCGCAUCGCCCGGCGGCAGAUCCGCAGGAUCUCCUCCCUGGAGAGAGCGGUGGAACAUGCCCAAAGCUGCCACAGCAGCGACUGCCCUCAUGAAGCCUCCCUGAAGAACUCCUUCAAGAAGGAGACCAAGGUCCUCAAGACCCUCUCCAUCAUCAUGGGUGUCUUUGUCUUCUGCUGGCUGCCUUUUUUUGUGCUCAACUGCGUGGUGCCCUUUUGUGAUCUCGACCUCCACAAGCCAGGAGAGCUGCCUUGCGUCAGCGAGACCGUCUUCAGCAUCUUUGUCUGGUUUGGCUGGGCCAACUCUUCCCUCAAUCCCAUCAUCUACGCCUUCAACGCAGACUUUCGGAGAGCCUUCGCGACCAUCUUGGGCUGUGCCUACCUCUGCCCCAGCAACGCGGUGGAGGCGGUGAACUUCAGCAACGAGCUGGUCUCCUACCACCACGACACCACCUACCAGAAGGAAGCGGCGACCCUUAGCUACCCCCAGCUUCUCCCCCACGUUGCUCCGCAGGUGGAAAGCAACGAGGUGUCCUGUGACAAGGUUUCUCAGCUCUCCUCUCACAGCCCCUUGCCUGCGGUGAUACACGUGGAGUAUGAAGUGGCCGUCCCGCUGGAGAAGAUUACACCUUUCACCAGCAAUGCAAUGGACUGAGACAGGGCUGGGAGCAGGGUGGUGCAAUGGUCUCAGGUGGAACAAGGUCUCAGAUGGAACAGCCAUUGCCUAUUUUAUGAGGAAUUUGAGGAUAACAUGGAUAUUGGGCAGGAGUUUGCAUUAAAAAGUGUUGAAUAGCCAGAGUGAUUUUCCAGAUGGCUCAAGGGGUUCAUAUAUAUAUGUAUUUUUUUUUGUAACUUUCAGUUUCAGAUCCAGCCCAGGUGGCCAGUAGAAAUCUGUGUGGCUGCUCUCUGCAGCUGACCCCCGGGAAAAUGCUUUCUGCAAAAGACAAAAAUGCAAGGCCUUGAAUUCCACUUUCAUUGUGACUUCAGCUGACAAAGCAAAGUGGCGUGGUCCACUGAGCCUCUCCUACUCAGUCCACAAAAUAAAAUCGCAGCUGUGCUUGUGGGGAGAGGGGCUGUGUCCAACAAGCCAUCAGCCUGAGGCUGCUCCAUGGGCACAAGCUAAAUUCAACACUGUAGUGCUGCCUUGUGCUUGGUGGAACGGUGCUGAGCUGCCUAGAUGGGAAAAAACACUUUUCAGGGGGGCUGCGCAGGAAGGUGGCAGUGGCCUUGCGGGGAUAAGUUUGUCUGGGAGAUGAUGAGGCUCACCUCUGAGUGCCUCUCUGUUGUUCAGGUUAUCCUGCAGGCCAGACGAGCGAGCAGCCACCUUUCCUGGAGCCCUGGGGCUGUGCUUGGCAGCAGCUUGUUUGGAGCAUACUGCAGGGCAUUUGCUCAUUAGCAGAGGAUUCUGCCUGCUAAAGGUCUGCUCUGGCCCCUGAAGCAGGGCCAGCCUCUCUAUGCUGGGACAUGCCCAGCUGAGGGCAGUCUGGGAUGAACAAGGAGCAUGUCUUAGCCCCAGGACACUGGACCAUUUGCUGGGGGCCUUUGGUAACGAGCGUGUCUGAGCCCUUCAGCCUCAAGGGGACAAUUUUGGAGCAAGAACACCGCAGAUUUGGUUUCAGUGCCUGCGCCACAUCUUCCACCAGUCAUGCCCCCCUCCUUCUCACGGUCUGCUUCCUCCCCUUUACUUUGUUCUCCCUCUAAUUCCCUUCCUCCCCCAUUUCAUGAAGGAUCCUUCCUGCCCUGCCUCUCUUGCUGUCUCAUUUCAAUAAUAAUGGCUUCUUCAGAAGCACUCCUUGCUCACCUGUACUCUUUAAUUAGCCUCUCCUGCGCACAUUGGAGCUUGUGUCUGGCUUGCUCGGGGUAGAAAUGGCAAGCGAACAGCCCCAGCAUUUCGCUGUCGACUGUGACACGAGUGACUUCGGGAACGUGUUUUGAUCGGUGCUCGCUUAAACACUGCGGCAGCGAGCAGCACAUCCGCGUCGCCUCGAAUCCGAGACAUCUUUAGCUCUCUGGCACAGCAGAAGAGCCUCCCCCCCGCUCCCAGCAAACAUUAACAAAGAGAAAAAUCAGCAAGUGAUAAUUAUAGAGUAACGGUAAUUAUUCAAUAGAGCCCAAUUAUAGUCAAGUUUCAGCAUAAUCGGCGUGGGAGGGGAGCAGAGCUUGCCGUACUUCCAAGGUCGAUGCUUGGAUUUCUCUGUGGAAGUGCUGAUAAGCCUCAGCUUCAUUUACAGCCGGUUCCCCGCACGGCAGCGAAGGUGGUUGUUAAACCUGAGACAGUCUCGGGGCUUUUCAGCUCCGACAGGCCA